CGUCCGUUGCGAUCGUGCACGUUUUUGGGGUGUCGGUUGGUUUUGGUGCCAAAGUGGUAACCAGCAACGGAUACAUUGCGUGAUUGUGGCUCGUCCAACCGUUGUGAUCGUUUGUUGGAUUAGUUGCAGAAUUUUUAAACAGUUUUAUACGUCAAAAUUUGAUCCUCGAUCCUCUGCGCGGCUGUAACAAAGAGAAAAGUUCUAUCCAAACACGCCUAACGACGGCUGAAGAUCAUGAAGUUAUCCUUAAACAGGUUUUCAACAGCCUAACAGAGCGUACCCGCUGCCGCCGCCGCAUCGUAGUGUGGUGAUGAUCCCUUUCAACCUCACACCCCACAAGGAAUCAUCUUGGUCUUAUAGCCCUGCAUUCUGACCAUCCAGUGUCUUCUGUGUGCCUAGGGUAGUGUACGUGCCUUUCGGUGUAUGGUUCUUUGCAUCGACCGACUACCUGUUGUGUGUGUGUGUGCUUGUGUGUGCUUGUGUGUACGCCCAACUGUGAACGGAACACGAGGUGUAAGGGUACAGCGUAAAUCUGGCAACGGUUAAGAUUCCGUUUCAUUCAACUUCUUAUGCGUGUGUGCUCUGCAAAGUGUGAUCGAGCAGCGAUUGAAACGUCACGGUCAAUACGUUCACCGUGCGCAAGAAACCCGUACACCCGUGAUCAAGUGAUCAAAGAAGCGAUCGUUUCUUGUACCGCUAAUUAGGCAAAGUGCAACCAAAGCAUGUGAUAGUAGAUGCUUUAGUGUAACAAGUUCGCCACAUUGUUUAAUGUUCAUCUAAAAAAAUAUAAAAUAUAAAUCACCAACCGGAGAGCAUUUGCGGUGUCAAACGGAAGCAACAAACGCAGCGCGCAGGAUUGUCGGUGCUUCUUUUGCAUGUUUCAUGUGCUAUAAUAAAUACCACUGUGAUGAGGCAUGCAUCCGUAUGGAUGUGUAUCCUGCUGACAUUCUACAACCUGCAAGCGACGACGCUAGCCGCCAUCGUGCCGCCGCCAUGGAGCGACCCGAACAAGAACCCCUGCGCUAGCCAGCCGGGCGGCUGGCAGCUGCUCUACUGGCCGCCGCUCAAGCGCUGCUUCAAGAUCUUCCAGCUCGGCUACCCGUGCCCGGACACGAUGGAGCUCAGCCCGGUCGGGGCCGGCUCGACCGGGCUCGGCUCGACCGCCGAGUGUCGCUGCCCGCCCGGUACCGCCCAGUCGCCCCUCACCAAAAAGUGCCACAAACUGUUCGAGCGCGGUCCGUGCGACUUUGGCCAGUACUUUGCACCGAUCGCCGAUUCGGCGGGAAGGAGUGCCAUACCGAAACAACGCUGGGGUGUCUGCAAGUCGACGGAAAUCUGUGACAGCGGUAUGAUCUACUGGCCGCAGGACAACAAAUGCUACCAGAUACACACCAAAGGACCCUGCCCGAAGGGGAAGCUUAUCAGUCUAGAUAACAACGGAAUCGCACGCUGCAAGUGCGAAAAUGAGGGCGAUCUGAGCAAUUACUUCCACGAGGAUACCGAAACUUGCCAUGAGUUUUUCACCAAAGGGCCCUGCCUCGGUACGGGUGAGCUGUUUCUUCCCUCGCGCAAGUGCGCCUGCCACGAGCGGUUGCCCCACUACCACAACGAAACCAACCAGUGCUACGAGCUGGGCACGAUAGGGCCGUGCCCGUUCGGGCACACGUUCAUCGUCGCGGACAGCAAGCGCCACGCGGACGGGCCGAGCAGCGGGCUGAAGGCGGAGUGCCGCUGCAAGGACGGGUACGUCCAGUGGAAGGACGGCUACUGCUACAAGCUCUACACCCAGGGACCGUGCGAGUUCGGUUCGUUCGUAACCGAGCCGAACGUGUGCACGCCCAAUCCGUGCGAAAAGGGCCGGCUGUACUUUCCGCAGGAGAAAACGUGCUACCGCAUCGGUGCGCAGGGACCGUGCAGCCUGCACCAGGUGGUCAUCUUUGACUUUACCUCCCGACCGUCGCUGGACGGCAUCUCGUACAAUGGGAUGUGCGGCUGCGCGGGCGUCAUCUCGAACCUGGACCAAUCGUGCACGGACGAGGCGGACCAGAUACCGCAGAGCGCCUGCGACAGCACGCCCGACAUGGUCGAGGUCAACCGGCAGUGCUUCAAGCUGUACACGCGGGGACCGUGCGGCCCGGGCCAGUGGCUGGAGCCGAAGAAGAUACCGACGCGCAUCCGGUCGGCGGCGUGCGUCUGCCGGCCGGGCUACACGCCGUACGAGCAGCCGCUGGCCAACGGAGUGAUCGGGUGCCAGGCGCCCAGCGUCGGCAUUGCCAGGUACUUGAACGAACGGCGCCAUCUACACUCCCGCGCACCCGGCAACCUAACACUUCCACUGUCCUAACGAGUCAUCUCCUUAUACCCCAUCCUGUCUACUACACCACAACCCAUCCCUCCCCCUUGCGUGUACAUUUGUGAGUUUCUGUGUGUUUCUAACACCUCAUUCUCAUUGGCCUUUACUUUCUUCUUUUCACAAUCUUGUCAUCUCGAUUCACCCAUUGCUUAUGGCAGGUGGUUCAUGAGCUUGCUUGGCUUUGGCACAUCCGACCCGGACGAGUACUGAACAGCAUCACCCACCCACGCCGACCACAAACGACGGGGACAGUAAACGCCUGAGGCUAAACCUUCCAUUGCGCAGUGAAGAGCUUCUGCCAUUUCCUUCAUAUCUCAUUUUCAUAAACGUCUUGUGCAUCACACAGCAGCAUCAGCCAGCUCAAUGCGCUCAAUCAGUAGAGCUUCCAAAGCACAUUUCUAGAAGGCACCAUUUAUCCUCACUGGCUUAAAUAACAUCAGCUUUACUGUAGGCAACCUUCGCACACACACGCUCACUUUUCCUGCUUCGCUUACGGGCGUGCCCGACGGAUUUGAUCCAACCAAGUGUGCCAUAGGACAACAAACUGGACAAAUCCAUUUACCAAGAGGGUCGUCUCACUGUAAAUCGAUUACUCACUAUGCCUCACUUUCCUAUUUAAGUGUGUACGGGUAAGGAUAAUUAUUACAUCUGUAAAAAGGUUCACCGAAUUCACCGAACUAAAACACAUAGCACCAGUUUGUCGAAGUAGUUAAAGAGUGCAGAAAAGAUAUAAAUUGACCAGUUUGCGAAACACGAGGCUAUCAAGAGCGUUUUCUUCCAUAUUGUAAAUGCAAAUACAAUCCCAGUUCUCACAACAACAAAAAACGAAAAAACUGCACAAGAAGAGUGCAAACGAAAGCUACAUGUACGUUUCGCAAGUAGACUGAAUAGAAUGUAAGUCAUGUGUGUAGUAGUAGAAAGACUAAAUAAAUACUUCUAAUAAAACCAAUAAAACUACCUA